CAGCGCUUUUAGAAUACAGUUUAACUCCGGCUUCGUCGCCAUGAUCACAUAUCUUCUGACCGUUUCCUUUGUCGGACUUUUAUGUGUUGCUGGAUUGUCCGCCGACUGCAACAUUGCAUGUCCAGCAGUGUAUCGGCCCGUUUGCGCAAAUUGUGGUGGCGAAAUGAAAACUUUUUCAAAUAGUUGCAGCAUGCAAACACACAACGAGUGCAACAAUGCAAGGUGCAAGUUGCAGCAUAACGGACAGUGUAACACGAACUGCAACAUGGCAUGCACUCGAGAUUUCAACCCUAUUUGUGCAUGGAACGGAAGAAAUUUGAAAACAUUUUCAAACAAAUGCGGGAAAGAUGCAUUCAACAGAUGUUACAACGAUC